AAUUGUGAAUGAACUUGAAUGAAAUUUGAUGGCUUUGUCUAAAACGUCAGAUUUGUGUUGUGAUAAUAUAUUUCAAAUAACCUGAAACCAAGAAACCAUUAAGCGAUUGUACUUUAAGAUUUUUUCUAUUAGAUAUUCUCAAACUUAUAUUGUGAAAAUAAUUUUAAAAACCAUGAGCGCCUGUAAUAUAGACGUCAUCAAACAAAUCGGUAGAUAUUACAAUGUACCGGUCGGUACCAUAUGUUACUCUACCGAUAAGGUUUUGACUACAGUUAUAAACAAGGAAAGCAUUGAAGGCUUUACUAGUAUAGUAUUACGUUUAGCUGGAAACGGCAAAAAUGCGAGUCAAGAACAGUUGCUCCUUAGUUAUCAGUGGCUGGAACACAUAGCGAUGUAUGCCAACCAGGCAGCAUCCAACCCUGCCUUUGCUAAAGGAUUUCUGCAGGGUAUUAACAAAGCAUUAGAAAAGAACACAUACUUGACUGGACAACAUUUGGAUGUGACUGAUAUUGCAUGCUAUUAUGUACUUUACCCUAUGAUUGAGCGGCUGACAGUUUCCGAACAAGAAUCAUUAAUCAACGUCUGCAGGUGGACAAGGCAUAUCCAAGCUCAGCCCCGAGUGUGCUCAAACCAGAAACCGCUUCCACUAAACACUCUCAAUCUCUCAAUAUUAGCUCCUGCAGUACAUUAACCAACAAUUUGCUAUUAUGACCAAAUUAAUGGAGGAACAAUUAAAACUCUUAAUUGAACAUUUGAUUGCCAACAUAAAAUAAUGAAGACUGUAAAAAGUAUUAACAUUAUUGGAAACCCUUCAUAAUGAUUGUGUUCAACAAGUUCAAAUUUUUAUUUAUUUAUGUUGCUAAUUGUUUGCUCUUGCUUAGUGUAAGUAACUGGUUUAAGUACUUAUUUUUGCAAUGGUUUAAUUAUGCAUAUAAUUAAUUUAUGUUUUAUGUAUGUCAAUAUAAUGUACCGUAAAAACUUAUUUUUUAUAUGUUCUCUUCACAACCUUACCUGGCCUAGUUUAAAAAAAAAAUACAAAUCGACAAAACUGGAAAUAGGCAUCACAGUACUAAAGCUGCCAUUUUUAAAAUUGUGUCACAAUGUUUGAAGAUGGCGCUGUGAUGCUUGUUCAUGUUUUAAAUGAGUAAACAAUCAGUCAUUGUAAGAAAAUAAUUGGAAUUUGUAUGUCUCGAAGGCCUUAUCGGGUAAAAAGUAGCUUGCGAGCCAAUCUAGUGGAAGCGUAAAACUUCAUCCAAAUCCAUUUUACUUUUCAGCCUACUAUUCAAGUUACAUUCCACAAUCGUGAGGAUCGAUAGAAAAAUCUCCAGUGUAGGAAAAUGACAGAAAUAAGUCAAGUGGCUGAACGAAACGUUUUGGCUGGCUCUAAGUGCCUCUGCCCGUAAUCGCUUGCGUGAAUAGAAAACACCAAAGGAGCAUGCGCCAUCGAUGCUUGGCUCAGGCAGUAGUAGGGGCCCGGGGUGUUUUUAGUCGGUGGAAGUCCGACAUAUCCCCACGCCAUGCCCUCGACUUGGGUUGGGUCAGUAGCGUUUCACCCCGGAAAACUAAAAAAAAUAAGGGGCGCUCGGGGGUUUAUGCUUAACAAAGUAUAAAUUAUAGCAAUAAAGUAUUAAAUAAAUUAUAGAAUUGAUUAAUGUUCGUUAGGCAACUUCACUACGAUUGUCAAGUAUUAUCUGCCACGCAUAUCAUCUUACGGCGUAUCUACUAUAGUGUGAAUGUUAUGCAUUUACUAAAUUUAACAUGUUUACAGUCAGCGAGCCCAAAGAAUAAAGGCUUGCCACCGCUACCUACGCAGAUACUUCCGCAUCAGUUGCAGAACGCCAGCUUAAAUGAUGCCGUCUUGUUCUUUCCUCAACCUCUUUCACACCCCGGAUACCCUGUCGUACUCUAUUUGUAACUCAAUAAAUAGAUAGUUUUCGUUAAC